CAAAAUCUCCUUCCCCAAGACCAAACAUGCCUGUUCGAUAUUUCAUAAUGAAGAGUAGCAAUCUGAGAAACCUUGAAAUCUCUCAGCAGAAGGGCAUCUGGUCUACAACCCCCAGUAAUGAGCGGAAGCUGAAUCGAGCCUUUUGGGAAAGCAGCAUGGUUUACUUGGUAUUUUCUGUUCAAGGAUCUGGUCAUUUCCAGGGAUUUUCUAGGAUGUGUUCUGAAAUAGGAAGGGAGAAGAGCCAGGACUGGGGCUCAGCUGGACUCGGAGGAGUAUUUAAGGUGGAGUGGAUAAGAAAAGAAAGCCUUCCCUUUCAGUUUGCACACCAUUUACUCAAUCCUUGGAAUGACAACAAGAAAGUACAGAUAAGCAGAGAUGGGCAGGAAUUGGAACCUCAGGUUGGUGAACAGUUGCUCCAGUUAUGGGAACGCCUUCCAUUGGGAGAAAAGUCCACAGCUGAUUGACACUCAGACCUCUGAGCUAUGGAAGAACUUCAUGCCUAGUAUAACCACUGAAUGCACUGACUUUCCAAAAACUGAGAUAGACUUCCUGUCAUGAAUGGACUGUUAUGGUUUAGUGUUACUUCAGAAUCACCAUCUUCAUGUAUAAGAGUAAAGGAUCAUUUAAAUUUUUAUAGUGAUCAUAGGGGGUGAUUAUAUAGUGUUUGUUAAUUAUAUAUUUAUAAUGAACAAAAUAGUAAUAAUUUCAGUAUUUGACACA